AUGUCGCUGGCCGGAAAGGUAGCCAUCGUCACCGGCGGUGCUAGAGGCAUUGGAGCAGGAAUUGUACGCUGCCUCAGUAAGCAAGGAGCAAAGGUGGUCUUCACCUAUGUCUCCCCAUCUUCCAAGAGCGCCGCGGAUGCUCUCGUCAACGAACUCAGCAACAACAGUAACGACGUCAUCGCUAUCCAAGCUGACAUGAUAGACUCAGCAUCCCCAAAGACCAUCAUACAAACCACACUCUCUACGUUUCAAACGGAUAGAAUCGACAUCCUCGUCAACAACGCCGGCGCAGGUGAAAAUCGCUCUCUGGAGGACGUCACCCAGGAUAGCUACACCCAGCUGAUGGACAUCAACGUGCGCGCCGUGAUUUUCAUGACACAAGCUAUCUUACCAUAUCUGCCUAGUCGAGGAGGUCGAAUCAUCAACCUGUCCUCGAUUUCGGCCCGUGGCGGCUACGCUACCCAGUCUGUUUAUGCGGCUACCAAAGCUGCCGUAGAGGGUCUUACGCGUGUCUGGGCCACCGAACUGGGACACAAGUAUGGCGUUACUGUCAAUGCGGUGAAUCCAGGCCCUGUGGAUACAGAUAUGUACCAGGCUGCGGGGCCGGUUCAUCUGGCGCGCAUGGAGGAGCAGAAUAAAAAGGUUCCUGCUGGGCAAAGGUGCGGGACCGUCCAGGAUAUUGGGGAUAUCGUUACAUUCUUGGCGGAAGAGAGGUCGAGAUGGGUGACCGGAGAUGUUAUUUGCGCUAAUGGGGGCAUGCUGUAUACUUGA